UCUGUUUGUCUCUGAAUCUCUGUCUCUGUCUCUCUCUCUCGCUGUGCUCUCGUGUCGAGUCUGUGUCCGUGUCUCUCUGCGAGUCUCUCUUUCAGUGUCGACUCUGUAUCUGCGGGUUUGUCUUCGUCUCUCUUCCGCGUCUCUCUCCGUGUGCCUGCGCGUGUCUCUCAAGAGUAUCUCUCCGUCUCCCCGUGCCUGCGUGUGAGUCUCUCUCUCUCAGAGUCCAGUAUCUCUGUGUCUCCGUGUGUCUCUCUCGGAGUCUCCGUGUCUCUCAAAGUCUCUCCCCGUGUAUCUCAAAGUCUCUCCCCGUGUCCCCGUCUCUCCGCCCGUGUCCCACUCCACUCUCCCAUCCUGGGCGGAGUCGCCUCACUCGGGGGCCCAAUGGGAGCCGCGGGGAGCGGCUGAUCCUCGCCUCGCACAGCCGCGGGGACUUCGGUGUCACCACUCGGGGGGGACUCAACGGGGUCCCCACGAACCCCCCUUGUUUUCCUCUCUCUCUCUCUUCACCAUGGCCGAACCCCCGAUCGACAUCGACCCCGAGUUCGAGCCCCUGAGCCGACCUCGCUCGUGUACGUGGCCGCUGCGCCGUCCGGACCUGUCGAUCAAGGAUGGGGACCCGGGCCAGCGGGGCUCGGAGGGAGCCGUCGAGGGGGUCGACGGAAGCGAGGGGACCGAGGAGGGGAUCGACGGAGCAAGCCCCAGCAGCGCGUCGCUACCGUGCGCGGGAGCGGGCCUCAAGAAGGGAUCUUCCCGGCGGAACGCGUGGGGGAAUUUGUCGUACGCGGACCUCAUCACGAGCGCCAUCGAGAGCGCGCCGGAGCACCGCCUCACGCUGGCGCAGAUCUACGAGUGGAUGGUUCGGAGCGUCCCCUACUUCAGCGACAAGGGCGAUAGCAACAGCUCCGCCGGCUGGAAGAACUCGAUCCGACACAACCUAUCUCUGCACAGCAAGUUCAUCCGCGUGCAGAACGAGGGCACCGGCAAAAGCUCUUGGUGGGUCCUCAACCCCGACGGCGGCAAGGGCGGCAAGUCCCCUCGGCGCCGCGCCGUCUCCAUGGAGACCAACGGCAGCAAGCUGGCGCGCAGCCGCGCCCGCGCCGUCGCCAAGAAGAAAGCGGCGUUGGGGGGCCCCGCCGCCGCCGCCGCCGCCGCCGCGGGGAAUUGCGGGGGGCCGUCCGCGGGGCCGCCGGGGGAGCCGGGCGCCCGCAGCCCCGGCGGCUGGGGGGGCGGCCCGUCCGGCGCGCUGGGCCCCGACGACUUCGACGCGUGGUCCGACUUCCGGUCGCGCGCCGGCUCCGCGGCCAGCGCCGGCUCGCUGGGCGGCGGCGGCGGGGGCCGCCUGUCGCCCAUCCCGGCGAGCCAGGAGCCGGAGGAGCUGCGCGAGGAGGGGGGGCCCGGGGGCGCGGGGCCCCCCUCCUUCGUGCCGACGCUCGACUCGAUGAGCCUGCACGAGCGCCUGCAGCGGCGCUUCGACGACGAGCUGAGCGAGGAGCUCAUGGACGAGCUGCUCGAGAGCCUCAGCGUGGAUCUGCCGCCCUCCGACCACGGCGCCGGCGCCUCGACCGACGGCGGCGGCUCGCCGCGCCUCCUCGCGGACGCGCGCGUGGCGCCGCCGACGCGCGACCUCGCGGCGGCGUCGCUGGACGCGAUGAUGCAGCACCGGCAGCAGCAGCAGCAGCAGCGCCGGCAGGCCGCGGCCGCGACGCCGGCCGGCGCAAUGGCGUCGCCGCAGCCGGGCUACGCGCAGCGGCAGCUCCACGCGGGGCCGGCGCGGUUCCUCGCCGCGCACCACCGCCUCGGCCCCGCGCCGACCGCGGGGCCGCUCGCGCAGAUCGCGAUGUCCGCGCCGGCUCCACACGGCUGCGUGUACGCGCCCUCGCCGCCGGGCUCGCAGCCGCCGCCGGCGCCGCCGGCGCGGCCUCACGUUAUGACGGCGCAGCCCGACGCGGCGCUCUCCGCUCACUCCUUUGGCCUGAUGCAGCGCAGCGCCAGCUACACCUUCGGCUUCGACAGCGCCGCCUUCCUCCCCGCAGACCCCUCGUGGUGCGGCGGUGGCGGCCCCGGUUCUCUGCAACAGCAGCAGCAGCAGCAGCACCACGCGCUGUUCACGCAGUCCCCGCCUGCGGACGCCGGCGCUCUCGACGGCCGGCGCUUGCAGGCCCUGAGCGCGACCCGCCCGUGCCCGGGACCCGGCUACAGCCCGGCCUGCGCCAGGCAGGACCACCACAGUUGCAAGCAGCUGGCGCUGCCUCCGUACCACGGCCCGCACGACCACCACCGGCACCACCAACAGCAGCACCACCAUAUGACGGCGCUCACACGGGGCCCUGUGUUCGGCAAGCCACCGUUCCAGCUGCCGGGCGGCGGUGGCGGCGGCGUCGAUUUCUCCAACCCGACGCACACCAUCCGCUACCGGCCCGCCUUCCCUUCCGCGUUCCCGGAGGCCACAGGCCCGCAAGGCCCCGCCACGCGGCCGCCCCAGCGCGGCCGCUUGCCGUGCGGCCCGGCCGACCGGGGCCUCUCCGCGGGCCUCCUGCCGCAGCUGGGGGAGCAGCCUUGCGGCGGGGCCCAGCCCAGGCUGCCCAGCGACCUGGACCCGGACAUGUUCGGCGGAGGCCUCGAGUGCGACCUCGACUCGAUGAUCCGGCACGAGCUCACGGAGGGCGGCGGCCUCCUGGACGUCGAUCUGGACACGUACGUGCAGGCCGCGGCCAGCGCGAGCCGCGGGGUGGCCGGCGGGGCCCACAGAUGGGUACCCGGGUGA